GUCGGGAUGAGUCUGGGAAAGCGUGCCUGAUACGAUUAACUGACAUAUCCGAAUUGAGACUUCCUCCGUGCAUGCUUAAAGUAUAAUUGGACUACAAUGCAGUUCCUGGGCCGACUUGUGGGUACCAUCACCUCUGUCCUUUCCAAUCCGUACCGGGUAAGGGAGGUACCACAGUCAGAUUAUGGAGGCCGGGAUCGAGUGCUGCUGCAAGAGGAGGGCAUGAUGGUGCUCUACAGGAAUACCCCCUGUCAGUCGUGGGACUGUCUGAUCCUUUGCUCCGAAACGCCCGGCAUGGCCCUGAGGCUGUUCCAGGUUGGCACCGAAGAAGACGCCUUUAACUGGUUCCCUCAAUACGCCAUGAAGGUCCGACCCUUCUAUGAAACGCCUGGUUUUCUCAAGCCUGAAGCUAUGCAGCCGAUCGCAGACUGCAUCCGGAAUCACCCAGACUGGAGCUCGGCACACAUCGCCGUGGAGAUCGGACUGAGGCAGUGCCUGAAGCACAACUGUGUCCUUAGCCAGAUUAACAGCAGGAAUGCAUGCGGCCAGACACCGCUGCACCUGGCCUGCGAGCGCGGAGACGUGGCCUGCGUCCGCGAGCUGCUGGAGGAGUGCCAGGCCAGCACGAGCAUCCGGGACCUGCAGGGGGAGACACCCAUGCACUGCGCCGCCAAGCAGGAAUCCCCAUUGGUCAUUCAGGUGCUGUGCUCCAGCCAUUGCCCGGGCGUGAACGAGCUGAAUUCCGCCGGUGAGGCGCCCCUGCAUGUGGCGUGCCGGCUGGGCCGGGUGGAGUCGCUGAAGGCCCUGCUGAAGGGUGGGGCCCGCUGUGAUGUCAUGGGGGGGCGGGGUUACCCCAUUCACAUGGCCAUGAAGUACAACGAGAGGAGCUGUGUAGAGGCCAUCCUGGCUGCAGACCCAUCCCAGCUGGAGGUUGAAGAUGCUCUGUACGGAGGGACCCCCCUGCACUGGGCCAAGACAGGCGAGAUGAGCCGUCUGCUCCUGGAGAGAAGCUGCUCUGUGAACUAUCUGAGCAAGACGGGAGAGAGUCCGCUUCACAUCCUGACCAAAAAGGGGCGCUUUGAGGCCGCGAUGGUGCUGCUCACACAUGGCGCUAACCCUAACCUCCGUGGCGAGAAUGGGAACACCGCACUGCACCUCGCCAUGAAGAUGGACCACAUAGACCUGAUAAAGGCCCUCAUUGUCUUUGGGGCUGAUGUUGAGAUCCACAACGAUCUGGGGGAGACUCCCGGGCUUAUAGCGGCCCGCACCAGCAAAGGCUCCAACAGAAAAAUCCUCCGUGACAUGCUGUGUAGUGUAGGGGUGCAGCGGUGUCACCCCCCCUCAUUAAAUAUCUCUCCCCCGAACACUCCCCCGAAGAGACCUCCGCCUCCAGCCAUAGGGUUUGAGGAUCUCGUCCACAUUGCUGCCGCCGUCGGGGCCAUAACGCGGGAAUACGCUGAAGUGGACGGUGUGAAAGCAUCGACCGCAAAAACAGACCGGUUGCUGUGUCUGGAUGGUGGUGGCAUCAAAGGUCUGGUUCUGAUCCAGAUGCUAAUCGCCCUGGAGCGCGCGGCGGGCCGACCGGUGCAGGAACUGUUUGACUGGAUCUCCGGCACCAGCACAGGAGGCAUUCUGGCCUUGGCUAUAGUACACGGGAAAUCCAUGGAGUACCUGCGCUGCCUCUAUUUCCGGAUGAAGGAGAAGGUGUUCCGAGGCUCCCGUCCCUACGAGUCGGCCCCCUUGGAGGAGUUCCUCAAGCAGGAGUUUGGCGAGAACACCAAGAUGACGGACAUCCGGCACCCCAGGGUGAUCGUGACCAGUGUGCUCGCAGACAGGCACCCUGGAGAACUGCAUCUCUUCCGAAACUAUGACCCUCCAGAUCUCAACAGGGAGCCCCCCUAUGCCUCGAAGGCUACAUUCCAGCCUCUUACCAUCCCGCAGGACCAGUGCGUAUGGCGCGCUGCCCGAUCCAGUGGCGCCGCCCCCACCUACUUCCGACCAAUGGGCCGCUUUCUGGACGGGGGACUGCUAGCCAACAACCCCACGCUGGAUGCCAUGACAGAGAUACACCAGUACAACAAAGCCCUCCGAGCACAGGGUAGGGGGGAGGAAGUUCAGCGGCUGGGUGUGGUGCUUUCACUAGGGACGGGGAAGCCCCCCCAGGUGGUGGUGAACUCUGUGGACGUGUUCCGGCCGUCCAACCCCCUGGAACUGGCCAAAUCCUUUGUGGGAGCCAGGGAGCUGGGGAAGAUGCUUGUGGACUGUUGCACCGACUCCGACGGCUGUGCGGUGGACCGAGCCAAGGCUUGGUGUGAGAUGACGGAUAUCGAUUAUCACAGGCUGAACCCCCAGCUGUCGGUGGAGGUGAUGCUGGACGAGGUGAGCGACGCCGUGCUGGUGGACAUGCUGUGGGAGACGCAGAUGUACCUGUACGAACGCAGGGAGCACAUCCAGGCACUGGCCCAGAGACUGCUGCUCGUCUGACAGGCGGCGGCUGCUGUGUGUUGGACCGGGUCACGACACGGAAGCAGGCUCCAGACUGACAUGAAGUAGGGAGGAGGAACCAUAAUAGGAACCGGCCAGUCGUUACAAAAAUAUUAUUUUUUUGUUUACAAAAGUGUUGAAGGCCAGCAGACCAGAACUGAUCAACCAUGAAGACCAUGACUGUACCUAAUAAUGGAAGGCAUUUUUUUGUGUAAUGAUUUUAAUGUUGCGUUUAAAUACGCCAAAUUGUACCAGUGGCCUGUACGUCGACUAAUGGCCUGUACUGACAACGACCAACUUGCUUUUUGUAGCUUUAAAUUGGAAACUUUUUAUGAAGUGACCCAGAUUUGCACCGUAGUGCUACUCCGCGAUUAUAUCUGACAGGCUUUAAAAAUGCAUUAAGGUAUAAGCCGCAUAGCAUGGUGAUUGUAACACUGUGCUGUCAUUUUGUCUUGUAUGACGUUUUCUCCUUUAAAUCUUUAUAUAAUUAUUAAAUCAUUACUUGCUGUUGUAUAUUACAUAUAUAAUGCGGUGUUAUUACUAAAAUAUUGUAAUCAAUGGAAAAUAAAUGAGUAUUUAUGUGA